UUUUAAUAAUCAUAAUAAUCCUAAUGCUAAUAAUAAAAAUGGUAAUUUAAAGGAGCCACAAAUGUUGUUCUCCACUGCAUAGAAGAAAAAAAAAGGCCCCAGUGGUCUCUGGAGAGUAGUAAACCCCCUACAGUGUCUCAGGAAAAAAAAAUCCCAGGAUUUUUAUUUUGGGAAUAUUUCCCCAUAGUCCAACCAUGCAAUGUGUCUCCAAAAAUUCCCAAGUAAGGUGGUGCAAAAGCCCUUAAUUGGGCAUUUGUACAUUUUGCUUUGAGAUAAAAAAUCAGUAGCUUACUCCGACUUAGUCCCUCCCCCCCCACACACACACGACAAUAUGCCGAUGCUGCUUUAAGCUUUGCUGCAACUCUGUCGUCUGCUUAUGUAAAGGCAACAUCCCGGGGGCACGAGGCUGGUUCCCAGGUGGUGAAAAGAUGUUGGUCUUGCCUUUUUCCUCCACUUCCCCCAUCCCCCCCCACCCACUUCUCACCGCCUGACCACUGUGCCCCCCAAUCCCCAAGUCUUUUCCUCUGAAUCUCUUCAACUGCACCCACUUCCUGUCCAACAACAGUUUAUGCAGAUCGUUUCUAUGAACUUGAAAUGCUACGAAUGGAAUGUUAGCGUUCACUCUCAAUGCCAUAACAAUGAUGUGCAGUGCUACUGAUGCGAUAGCCACCGGACACAAUGUUGGAACGUGUUUUUAAAAGCAUUCCACCUUCGGAAAACACGUGCGGCUCGUCCAACAGACACUUUUCGAUUUAUUUAGUCUACCCAAAGCUUGUCUGGUUAGUCAGAAAUAGUAUGGAAAGUGCGUUCACCGAUCGGAAAACCUUUACAUUUGAACGCAGGUCAUACAAUUGAGGAAGAUUUUGGAAGCCUUGAUGAACAUGUUACAUUUCUUAUUAACAGUCACUUUGCAAUUGUUACUGUAAUUUACUUCUCAUGUAGUAAUUAUUGAAAUAUAGGCUCCGCCUCCCCCCUAAUUUGUGCAUGCCAUAGUCAUGUUCAAGCUUCUAAUUAGUUUUGUGCACAUAGUGUGUCCCUUUUGUGUCGAGUGCACAUUAUGUUCUAGCUAGCAGCUUUGCUGGUCUCAGCUUGUCUGAACAUGCUGUUCACGGGCAUUUCUGAUGAGCCCAUUGGAAAAGUGGUCACAAUUAAAAAUGUCACCUUUUCAUCUCCCAAUAAAACCCUGACACAAGGCCUGCCUGCUACGGAGGAACUCAAAGUACCAGAUUAUAUUUGAACGCUGACUCAUUAACAUUCCAGCUAGCUACCAAAAAAAAAAGCUCAACACAUUAGGCUAUAUUGUAGCCAUGAUUUUGGCAGCGCACUAGCCCAGCCAGUGGAAGAUUGUUCGAAUGAAGUUGUUAGAAAUAGAAAGUUACACUUAAGCUAGUACGUGUAAGGCCAACCUGUUCCAAUACUUUAUUGCACGAACAGCGAGAACGCUACGUUGCUCUCGGCAAGACAACAAGACCAUUGUGACUGACACUCAAGUUGCCAAUACCUAAGGGUACUCGGGAAUCAGUGCGCUUGUAUUGUUGCCACGUGUUGGGCCACGGGAACGCCAUUUUCCGAGAGGUAUCUGGCGUUUGAUAAAACACAAGUUCAAUGGAUGGUAAAAGAACUGAGGGCCUUUUGUGAACGACCCCAAAAAAAUAUGCAUGAUGUCUACCGCAUGGUGAUUAGAAAGUUUAAAAGUACCAUCUGUUUUUUUUCUCUUCGUUAGAUUAAAAAAAAAAAUCAUUUGGAUUUACUUAAUUGGUUGCUCAUAGUUAAAUGUGGUAGAUCAAUAUUAUUUUUUCCCUCAAAAAUAAAGAAAUGAUAACACAUUGUAAUCGUGUUACUCAAAAUGAAGCGUUUUUUUUCAGCGUGGCGUUAAUUGUUAAAGCACAAUGGAACAUUGAGAUGAGUUGAAUUCAUUCCGUAACCACGCUCGCACCUCAAAACACUCGUUAUCUCUAAUAAUCUUUUCCGAUUAAAAUAAAUGGAAACAAAUUUAAAUUUUUACAUUUUUUAAAUUUUAAAGAUUUAUCUUUAAAUCCCAGCAAAAGACACUUUUUUUGUCGGUCAGUUGCUCAUCGAUGCCUGGCGAGGCAUGAUGGGUAGUUUUAACUCAACUUAGCGCACUCGUGCUCAGCCCCGGUGUCAAGAUGUCACGCUGGCUCCUCUUCAUCAUUGUGACUGCACCCCAUCCUAAUUGCCAUUUUGUUCCGAGCAUCUCGGACUUGUUUCUCACCUUCCUCCCUUGGAUGAUGAGCUUUACUCCCUUGCCUCUCCCCGCUAUCUUCCCUUCCCUUUUCUCCUCACCGUCAUUUAUUUUUAGCUCCUCGUGCGAUGGGCAGAAGGGGUGCGUGAAAGCAAAGGAGUGUGUCUGGAUUUGCCGGGUGGGGUGUAGAGAGAAAGGUGCGGGCUGGUGCCAAUGUUUGGGUCUCCAAUCACGCGACGGCAAAUUGCUCUGCACGAGACAAACUCUUUAGCCUCCGCAAAGUCAUUAGAGUGAGGAUGUGGAUCAUCUCGCGUUUGGCUAUUAAUAUCCGAUGAGGCGUCUAAUUUUAGCGCGGGGUUCUGCCUAAUUAGAUGGAAUCAUAACAUCCAGCACCGGUUCAUUACGAUGUUUAGGAAGCGCUGACCGGUUCUUUCGAGUUUAUAAUGAACACUUGUCUGCCAGGAGAGAGAUGACGCUUUCAAAAAUUGUCUUCUGCGACAUCUGCAAUUCCGUUAAAGGAAUUUAUGCUAUCUAGCUACAGAUUUCAUAUGUUUGUGCCAUUUGUUUCUCAACUUUCAAAGCAAAACAAAAGGCAUCAAUAACACGAACCAACUGCAUGAUUUUUAUUUUCCACAUAGCAUUGUUGUCAUGUUUUUUUUUUUUUUUGCUCCAUUGCGGCUGUAUUUGCUACCUGCCAAAUAGUAUUCGGUGCAGCUGAUCGAUGGACUGAGUGUUUGGUGAUUUAGCAAGCCGCGGUGUGUUUCCAGAAUAUUCAAUUCCUUUUCUCUGAACCCGAUGAACUCAUACAAGAAUGAUUUUGUCCUUCUAGCGAACAACAGAAAAAUUAAGUCGUGAGGAAUUAUCCCUUGCGCUAUUGUUCACGGUGUUAAUUAACACAACCCGAGGCUGUGAAAUGGAAUCACUCGUGUUGCACUUUCAUGACCUGUAGAAUUCUCUCGCUCCGGUUCUGUUAUCUACAUUUUUGGGUGAACGAGCACAAUGCCAGUUACAGAUACUUCAUUUUCCCUCGGCGAUAGUUGGCACGAUACUUUGACACGUUGGCAAAUCCGGUUUUUGUUGACAAUUUUUCUGUCAUUGUGUUAAAUGAAAUUUUAUAGAUCAAAACUACUGAGAUUGAAAACUCAUAUGAGGUAUUCAAAAUCAGUUAUUUGGGUACAGUUCAAAUAUAUCGUCAGACACGAAGAGGUAAACAUCUCUGUGUUGAACAGUCGCAAGAAUAAUCUGACUGCUCACAUGAGAGCAGAAAAAAAAAUGGUUGGCAGGGCGGGCCGGAGAAAGUGUGGGAUGGAGGCAGCCGCAUGUUUCUACUCUUGAUGAUUGGUUUGAGCCACUUUGAAGGGGCGGGACUUUUGCCACUGCUUCUCCAGCGAGGGAGAGCCAAAGAGAGAGGGAGAGCGACGGUUGGAGGGAGACUGGGAGUAAGAAAGAGACUGUUACUAAAGGAGGAUAAAUCAUCACCAAGAGGAGGAGGAGGAGGAGGAGGAAGAGGGUUCGUCCAGCAUCGGUAUGCCUGCCCACCUCGUUCCCCCUUCAGAUAUUGUUGCCGCUCCUCCUUAUAGAAAUAACAGCUGAGGUGCGGAGGUGUGUUUAAGCGUCCGUGUGUGCGAUCAGGCUUUUUCAACAUCGCUCAUAACACCGCUUGCCUUUCAGCGGUUAACUUUGGCAAAAGACGAGACGGAAACUUGGGGUGGAAAGAGCCGGGGGAAUACGGAAGUUUGCCGGCAAUAAGAGAGCGUCGUUGAUGACCGCUUUGUUUUUUUCAGCAUGUUACAAAGAAAGAUUUUUUUACCGGGAGCUGUUUUGGGGGUUUUGUGGACUACAAAAAUAUAAGAGGGACUCCUGUCGCUGUCCCAUAUGCUGCCGACUGGAUUAUUUCUUCAACAGAGGAAAGCAAGCGACAUUUUGUGCUAAUUUGCCUCAGAGGGCUUCAUCGCCUCCUUUCCAUCCCUCUUGCAUUUGAAAUGAAGUGGCAGAUUAACGGAAUCGAGACAUGGAGCAUUUGGUUUAGAUUGAAACUACAUUGCAGUUAGUUUCAAGGACCUGCCCAAACAGUCCUUGGGUUCAAGCUCGGACCCCGAGAGACGUCCUUCUGCCCGAGAUGAUGAAUUCCUACCUGGAUCCACUCAACCAGAGCUCCGCUGACCUGUCAAACUACUCCGCUCCCUUUUGCCUGCUUGAGAUAAGCUACUCCAAAAUUAUCACCACCUGCCUGCUUGAAGUCUCCAUUAUCCUCCUCCUCACCGUUCUGAUUAUUUCGGGCAACCUGGUGGUCAUUUUUGUUUUCCACUGCGCCCCUUUGCUGAGCCAGCACACCACCAGCGCCUUCAUCCAGACCAUGGCAUACGCCGAUUUGCUCGUCGGUGUCAGCUGCCUCUUCCCCUCCUUGUCUUUACUUCAUCACCUCCAAGGACUCGACCCCAAACUCACCUGCCAGGUGUUUGGCUACCUGGUGUCUGUUUUGAAGUCUGUCUCCAUGGCGUCGUUAGCAUGCGUGAGCGUGGACCGCUACAUCGCCAUCACGCAACCCCUGACCUACGCGACCGUGGUAACGCCGUGUCGAGUGCGUUGCUGCAUCGUCCUCAUAUGGUUGUACUCCGCAUUGAUCUUCCUCCCGUCAUUCCUGGGUUGGGGAAAGCCCGGUUACCACGGCGAUGUCGUGGAGUGGUGCGCUGUCGAGUGGAGAACCCAACGGGCCUUCACAACCUUCAUCGUCGUCCUUCUCUACGCACCCGCCGCUCUCACCGUCUGCUUCACUUACGUCAACAUCUUCAAAAUCUGCCGGCAGCACACUCGGGAGAUCAGCGAGCGGCACGCACGUUACCGACCCCAACCCAAUCAAGACCCCGGUUUGAUAUCUGGAUCUCUGGACAAAGACAACGGCGAGCUUGAGCAAAAGCAAUCGCCCGGCUUGUUCAAACCUCAGAAACACCAGCAUCACUAUCAACAACCGACUUACCCGGACAAACGGUACGCCAUGGUGCUGUUCCGCAUCACCAGCGUCUUCUACAUCCUCUGGUUGCCCUACAUCAUUUACUUUCUGUUGGAGAGCGGCGGAUUCUACCACCACCCCGCAGCGUCUUUCCUCACCACUUGGCUGGCCAUCAGCAACAGCUUCUGCAACUGUCUCAUCUACAGCCUCUCCAACUCCGCCUUCAGGAAGGGCCUCAAGCGACUCUGCUCGUACUGUUUCCAACGAGGCGGCCGCGGCUUCAGCGUCCGGAAACCCAAAAAGGCUUUCAUCGGUUCUGUCGAACAGGGAUGUGCUGGGACAGCCUACGGAUCCGGUCACGAAGACGUCGGAAUCGGCACAACCUGUCACGUGUAGCCGGACAGCCUUGCAAUUUGGCAUCGAAACCACUCGGAAAAAAAGUCUUUUAACGAUCCCACGAAGAAAUGAAGGGGGUCGUCAUUGUGCCACAGCUGUUUCCUUCGCAUUUGGAGGUCACACAGAUGUCCUCUGUGAUCACGCCACAGCUGGCAGCAGGAGGGAGCCUAGAGUGAAGCGCUGAAGGAUAAACUCACCCUGCAAGGUGUCAUUCAUUCAAGGAAGAGACAGUAGUGAGAGAUGGAUGCGAAUCUAGAGCAGGUCGAACCUUUGGUCGCGUGUAUCUAACUUAUUUUGUCGGUCCAGAUCACAAACAAUAUAGCGAACUGAGCAUUUAUGUAAUUUGAAGUUCUUUGAGGUGUUCCUGCCACUCCUUCUGUCCUUAGAAUAAUCCAAUUGUGUGUACAUUGUCAAUGACUGACAAGCAGUAGAAAAGUAAAAUCAGUUUUAUAUCAAUUUUCUAUUGGUUUGGACAAAAUAUUCAGUCUUGAUGAAAUUUCAACAAAUUUCUAAUGAAUGACCACGAAAGGCUUCGACUGUUAGCCAAACUGCUGUUUAUUUUUGAAAUCCCUUUUCUCAGUUUUCAACCCCAAUUUUCUCUCCUGUCUUAUUCAUUUCCUCGCACGGAUUUAUUUGCCGUGCAAAAAAAAAGAAAAAAACAAGAGUGGAUGUUUUCACACUAAAUGUACGCUGAUAACUGGUACAGCAUUAAUAAUCUGGUACAUCUUCCGCCUGAGGACGUCGGUCUGAUGACACGCUGUGUGUUCCGCCGUAGCUGAAUCUUCACGUUCCUAAUAUGAAAAACUGCCUUCUUGUUAGUUUGAUGCAGUAUUGUGAUGGCUGUAAUGUACCUGUGCGUUUGCACAAAACCUUGAGCAAAACUCACAAGAACAAAACAAAGAGACCGUUCUCUCCGGCUUUUGAAAGGAAAGCGACCCCUGAGACUCGCAUGUAUCCGUGUGCAUGCGUGAAUUGUAUGUUCCCCAUCAUCAUUUGACUUUUCGGAGCUCGCUGGAACUUGACAUUCAGAACGCUGAAUAGAUCCAUUGUACGAGUACAAACCGUGGAAAGAUAUAUAGCUUUAUAUACCGUACCUAAUGUUGUAUACCAAAGACAGAUUUUUUUUUUUUUAUUGGUAUCCACUAUGGGGACUUGUAAAUAUUUGAGGGGGUUCUACACUUUUAGUGUAGAUGGUCAAGACUGUGAAGUUGUUGCCUUGAGAGUGGGAUCGCGUUACCUUUACAGACAAGAGGGCUCCGUUUUGUAGACAUGUGACUGUUAGACCGAAAAAGACUCGGCUGUCAAUUUUCCGUUUGCAAAAAGCAGCCAGCCAAGAAAGGUUCAUUUGCUGUACAUUGUAUUUAGCUUGUCACACUCGCAUGGUUUCAUUUCAUGGUGUUCUUCUGGCUUUUGUGUCGGUGACUCAGCUCGGGGUAUAACUAGAACGCGACCAAUGGCUGAGCAAGACUGUUAAUUAAAGCAAGGCGAGGUUUCACCUUGGGUUACUGGACUCACUCCCACACGAGGAUAUUUGAAGUGUUUUUUUGUGGGUGUACGGUUUUGUAAUUAUGCGCCAUGGUGAUAGAUUCACGUGAUGUCUUACGAAAUGCUGUCGUUUGUGAAGCGGUGCCAAAUAUGAUAAUCGUUUGUUACUACCUUCUGUCGUCACCUCAUUGUCGGUGUAAAGAAACGGCAUAUUGAAUGUGUGUGUUUUAUUUCAUUGUGAAGACAUAAACGAGGCAGAACCGAACUGCCAUUUUAUUUAUUACGAAAGUGCAUCUUUCCCUUGGCGGGUUUUAUCGAGGCGAUCCUACUGUAACAUUAUUUUUUUUUUUUAAUCUUGAAAAGAUUGUCAGAUUUUAAUCUACACAAAUGAUACCAUUUUUCUUUCAAGAAAAUUCAAGGUCAGAUGACGGGUGUUGCUGCUACCAACAAAUUUUAUGUGCACUACUUUCUGGAUUGUUUGUUGGUCAGGAAGCAAAUGGAGUCAAUAUUAUAUAUAUAUCUGUACAUACAGCAUGACUCCUUCUAAAUAAAAGCCUCAAGAGAUACUAUCAUUCAAUUAUUACAUUCAAUCCCAGUGCAAAUACUUUAAGAGGUUGUGCAACCUUAAUCAAUUCACUUUGAACCAAUUUAACACACAUGGAAAGCCGGAGACAGCCAUUUUCUUAUCUGUCUUCCAAUCUCUGAGUUUGCUUUGUGCUUAUUUUAGAAUCUAAAUAGGACCCACCAGUACGAAGCUAAUUGUACACUCAUGACCAAGCUUUUGUGAGCAGCUGACUUUUUCGCUCUCAAAAACAUACAAGAGUCCAGUCUGACCAAAAUAAGUCAAGUCGUGUUAGUUUGAUAUUGAUAGAUGAAGAAUGUUGUGAUCAAAUGUAUUUUUGCUGAAACCCUUUUGACCAAUAGCAAAAGACUUUAUGAUGCUCUGUAGGUGGCUAACCUACAUGUACUGUAUCUUGUAUUGUAACUUUGUACAUGUUGUGCAUCAGUGCUGAGAAAAUAAAUGUCAUUUGAUCUCUGUG